AUGGACGCAACCCACGGCCCGGUUCCCGGGAAAGAACUUGUGAAGACGCAAAUCACCGAAGGAGUAAAAGAGAUCAACGUGACGGCGAAAGCGGGGAAAGUCGCGGAUUUGUACGUCAAUGCCACCGCGGAUUCUACCAAAGUCAAGCUCGAUACCACGCCGACAACCUAUGACAAGCAAACGGUGGAAGUGAAUCAACCCUGGUCGAAGACGAUUCAGAUCCAACCGCGGUCGGAGCAGUACAAGUUCAACAUCCCGGGCACGUCGGUGACUUAUCCAAACAUAUCGAUCUCUGCCGCGAAUUCGACCAGGCAGUUUGAACUGACGGGAGAUUCUGUCACGACGAAAACCAGGUUGGAGACUUCUGAGGAAAAAACACAAUUCAAUUUGAAAGCGGAGAAGAAACAAUUCAACUUCAACAUCGAGUCCGAUCCAGCUCUGUCCCCGAAGUUACGAGUGGACGUUCUGCCUUUAUCCAAAACCGUCGCUUCGGAGUUAUGGCGUUCUCAAACGUUACGCUCUCAACUGUUACAUGAUUUGCCAUGCACAAUUACCAUGAGCCACGGCCACCAGGCGAUCAAGCUACGUCGCAUGACAAAUUCCCGAAGGGCUAAGCAGCGCCUAAAGCUGUGCCAAAUUUGUGAUGCGAGAGCUGCAAGCUUGUCCCUUUGUUCACUGUUGCGGUUCUUGCAUCAGAAAUCCAUGUAACAGUUGAGAAUGCAACAGCUGAGAACGCCAUAGGAGUUGAAAGGGGAGACCACGACGGAGAAAUUACAAAUUGCCCCCGCGGAGAAACAAUUGUCCGUCGGCGUGGAAUAUCAACUGCAAAAAUGUCUGGGUCUGGAAACUUGUAAUGCUGCGCUGGGAAUAGUGAAUGCUCUGUAUCUGUAAUGCACAGCCAAGCAUGUUGAGAAAUAUCUGCCCUUUUUUGUGUUGCGUUUUUCGCAUGACAAACUGCGUUUUUCCAUGACAGGCAAAAGGGUCUCUUCUGGGACACGCAUCACAAACUUUUUGGCCAUGCCAGACAAACAUGACAAAUCUCGCAAUCUUCCAGACCCAGACAUUUUUGCAUUUGAUAUGGAAGGCGGCAAGAGACUGGAAGUGAAAAUCACACCAGACAACGAGCAAGGUGGUGCACAAACACCCUCGAGAGUGAAGUUCCAAGUCUUACC